UUCCAAUGUGCUUUUAGGUUAUCUGUCAAACAGUGUGAUGAUGAGUCAUCUUAUAGAAUAUACUAAACUCUUCUGUGUUUAUUUUUAUUUUGUUCAUUGCCUCGUCAUCAAAGUAACUGGUCAGUUGUAAAUAGAGGGUAUUGGUACGAAGUUUCGUGACGUACUGGUCAGCAAAAUCAACAAAAUUGUGAUAGGCUACUUUGUUAAAGCCUGUUGUUUACAGUUCUCUGCUUUCUGCUGAAGAUGUAUAUCAGAUUUUUGUGUUGCCGAUGAAAUAUACUAGCAUCAGAGAAAAUUAAACUGGCCAUACGAGUGUGGUUACAGUGAAUGAAUAUAGUAUGAUGUUUCACUGAGAACACGGAUUAGAAUUCACAUGACUCCCAGUACAAAAAUUGACGGCCUUCAUGACCCAUUUCCUGUCAGUUAGACCACAGUGGGGACACAGUCCUUAGGUGGACAGCGUGCCAGAUAUUAAAAUAAUUUUAGUACUGUUUAUUGGUGGACUCAGAUGGUCCAAAUGAGUUGCUUUGCAAGGUGUUGCUACUGAAUUGAUCACUGCAUCCUGUGUCUGUCUUAAAUGAAGCUUUGGGCUGACUUUUCUAUCUCUUGAGUAGCUGUGCAUAUAUCCUUCGUCUCUUUCUGACAAAGAGUUGUAUUAAUUUCUUGAAGCCAUUUUUCACCAUCUGUCUGUUUUUCUAUUUGAAACAAACACUUGAUUACAGGGGCAAUUGGCUACUUUUGCUCCCUUGAACAUACAUUACCUAGGAAAAUCACUCAAAACUACAAUUGACAUCUCUUAUUCCCAUUGAAUAGCAGUUCCAAAUGUAAGGUUCCAUAUAGAGAAGAAAAAAGUUCAACUGAUGUGCAGGUCUAGUCACUAAAUGAAAACAAGGCAACAUAUGUCUAGAAACAAAAUCCUACAUGACAUGUUCGAUGUCUUAAAAUCGAGUGACAGGAAUGUUAAGAACCCAAGAACACAUCAGCUCCUGGGUGUUGACAUAAAUAAAAUGAUACAAAACUUAACAAUACUUCAGCCACCUUUGAGCAUUUUUAUAUGCAAUUGUCCAGGAAAUUAGGUAGAUGAUAGUAAGUGCAAUAAAAUUAUAUGGAAUGGAUACAUUACAUAAUUAGGUAAAAGAGAAUACAUCAUUAGGUAAAUGACAAUGAAUGCUAGCAAUGCUCAGUAUGAAUUAUGUUUAUAUUAUACAGUUUGUUGUUUAUCUAUAGUUCAUUAGCAUGAAAGAUGUAGGCCAUUUGCUGUACCCUUCUGGAAAUUGUGAUCAGAGUAAAAUUCUGUUUCAUUGUAAUCCACCAUCUGCACUGAUGUGGUGCCUAAACCUCCAUAUGGAUUGCACUUUUCAUUCUAGAUGACAACUUACUUGUGGGAACCAAAACUGGGCAUCUGCUUAUGUACUCCAUCCUCUGCCGGGGAACGAAUAGCUAUGAUGCUACUACCUCAGGCUCCGGAGCUAACAAGCAUGAUGUCCAGCUGUUGCGCUACAACAAGAACUUCAGCAAGAAACCGAUACAGCAACUUGCUGUUGUGCCGGACUACCAGAUCCUGGUCAGUCUAUCAGAUAACGUCAUCUGUGUGCAUGACAUGAAUGCCAUCAACUUCCCAACUAUGACAACAGUACAUAGAACCAAGGGAGCAACGCUGUUUGCUUUAGAUAUCAAGAAAUACACGUCACUAACAGGAGAGACGACUGUGGCAGUUCGCAUGUGUGUUGCAGUAAAAAGGAGGCUACAGCUAUUCUACUGGAAGAAUGGCAGCUUUCUAGACCUUCGAGAUGAUGUCAUAGUAUCGGACAUUCCGCGUGCGCUAGCUUGGUGUGAUGAAACUAUAUGUGUUGGUUUCAAGGGAGAAUAUUGCCUCGUCCAGCUCUCAAAUUCAACAGGGACACAACAGGAAUUGUUUCCAAUGGGCAAGCAUCAGGAGCCAAGUGUCACAAAACUGUCAAAUGGAAUAUUCGCUCUUGGAAAGGACCAGCAAUCUAUCUUCAUGACAACAACAGCAACCCCAGCCUAUAAGCAUGCUGUCAAGUGGUCUGAUGUCCCAGUGGCAAUUGCAUACGACGAGCCGUACCUGGUGGCGGUCCUGCCAGAAGGCUUGGAGGUGCGUACUCUGGAGCCGGGCGCCCCACUGUUGGUGCAGAGCAUUGCACUGCCACCCCCGCAGCGGCCGAGACUGGUGGCGCCCUGCCGGCGGGGGCUGCUCUACCUCGCCUCUCCCGCCUUCGUCUGGUGCCUCCAGGCCGCAGAGCUGUCUCGCCAGAUCUCCACCUUGCUGGAGCAGCGCCAGUUCCAGCUCGCUCUGCGGCUUACGAACAUAUCAGAUGAGUCAGAGGAUGAGAAAUCGAAGAACAUCUAUCACAUACAGACACUGUAUGCAUUUGACCUUUUCAAGAAUAAGCAGUUCCAUGAGUCUAUGAAGGAGUUUCUCAAACUGGGAACAGAUCCGUAUGAUGUGAUUCGUCUGUUCCCGGAUCUGCUUCCGCAGGAGACACGACAGCCGACUCCGGACAGUCCCGACAGGCACCCUAUUCGACAGAAGCUUCAAGAUCGAGAGCUCGAAAAUGCUCUUCUUGCGUUGAUUGAAUUCCUCACUGAGGUCCGUCUUAAAUUGAUGGCUGGCAACACUGUCCAAAACAAAGCCAUGGGUAACAAUGUGAAUAAUAACAACAAUUAUAAUAUAAGGAACAGUGACAUUGUAGUUGCAGAGGGAAGCAACAUGAACAAGUCAACACAACAGCUGCUGCAAAUCAUAGACACAACUCUGCUGAAAUGUUACCUUCAGACAAACGAUGCCUUGGUGGCUCCCCUGCUGAGGCUGAACCAGUGCCACCUGGUGGAGACAGAGAAGACCCUGCGGAGACACCAAAAGUACAGUGAGCUGGUGAUCCUGUACCAGACCAAGGGCCUGCACCGAAAGGCACUGGAACUGCUGCAGAAGCAGGCCGACCAAGUAGACUCGGCCCUGUAUGGACAUGAACGCACCAUCCAGUACCUACAGCACCUUGGCAAGGAUCACAUAAAUCUGAUCUUCGAUUUUGCCGGCUGGGUGCUGGAGAGAAGUCCCGAGGAAGGCCUGCGGAUAUUCACGGAUGAUUUGCAUGAAGUUGAGCAGCUACCUCGUCCCAAGGUGCUGGAUUUUCUGCUCAGGAAUCAUAGUGACCUUGUAGUGCCAUAUCUGGAGCAUGUGAUUCAUGUGUGGCAAGAAAAGAACUGCAUCUUCCACAAUGCUCUGGUGCAUCAAUACAGGGAGCACAGUUUGCAACUUCUACAAAACCCUGAGACUUUUGAGGCCGGACGUGCUUUACGUGUGAAGCUGCAAGACUUUCUCGAGGUGUCUGAACACUAUACGCCCGAGACUGUGCUCAUUCACUUCCCGUAUGACAAUCUCUUUGAGGAACGUGCUACAGUUCUCGGAAAACUGGGUCGUCACGAACAGGCCCUGUCAAUCUAUGUCAGUGUUCUUGGUGAUGUGGAGCAGGCAAUGCGGUAUUGUGAUAAGGUGUAUAGGCAGCAGGCAGAGGGUGCCGAUGAGGUGUACGCGAUACUGAUGCGCAUGCUGGUGAAUCCGCCAGAGAGCUGGCUUGUCGGUGUCCCGUCUCCGCCGACCGUCCAGCCAGACCUGGAGGCUGCCCUCGCACUACUGGAGCAGCAUGCCAGCAAGAUUCAUCCUGUCAAAGCCCUGACGGCGCUUCCAGAUCGAGUCCCUCUGAUCCGCAUCAAGCACUUCCUCGAGUCGAGUCUGCAGCACAAACUGAGUGAGCGCAGAACGACACAGGUUCUCAAGGGUCUACUCUACGCUGAACAUUUACAGGUGCAGGAGAUGAGGAUGCAGUACGAAUCUCAGAGCAUUACCAUGACGGAGUUCAACGUGUGUCCUGUCUGUAAGAAGCGGUUUGGAAAUCAGAGUGCCUUUGCUCGGUACCCGAAUGGUGACAUAGUCCAUUACUCGUGCCAGGAGAGGCGGACUACUUAGCGGAAACUGCCUGGUUUGUCUUUGUGCUCAUCACAGAAGCUUUGUGAAAAUGCAAACCGAGUACCUCUUUGUAUUCUAAAAGUGUGCAGACAGGUCUGUAUCUGCUGACAUGUCGAUUUGGCAGAAUACAUGUAGACCAGUUUGUGGGAAUACUGUUCGGUAGCUUACGGCAGUUUACAGUUAGCGCUCUGAGGGGAGCAUGUAUUUGAGAACCGAAGCUAGUCAAGUUGGAGGGCCCCCAUGUUAUGGCAUUAGAGCCUGACUGUCACUUUGUGUAUUUUGGCCAAGACACUGCGAGUCAAGUUUUAAUUGAUCUGGUUAUAUUUUGCACCUCAAAUGCACAACAGCUUCUAACGUAUGCAGUAAGGACUGUAGUAAUCAUGUAUGUUCAGAUAAAUAGGUGCCGUGUGAAUCUUUGUCAGGUACAUUAAUGCUUUCCUAAUAAGUUUGUUUGGGAAAAAUAAAAUGUUCAGCCUUUUUGUUACAUUCAGUGGUGGGCAUUCAGAUUUUUGUCAUUGUGACACUUGUGUUGAGAUUUUUAUCACAAUUAAAUUUUUUUGUGAAAGACUUUAUUUUUUGUUAAUAGAUUAAAAAGUUAUCACACAUGUUAAUCUUUGAUAAACUAGGACAAUUACACAUAAAAUGUUUUAAUUUUAUAUUGUAUAGCUGUAAGAACUUGCAUGAACAACAGAAGCAGCAAAGUGCCUUUUUCCACCACAGUUUCUGUUACGUAUAGGCCAUGUUCUAUCACAUUUUGGGCAGAGUAAGCCAGUUCUUCCAUUUUAAUUUUUUUAAAUAUUUUUUGCUACAAACAUUUUAAACAGUCUUGAUUGCCUGUGCGGAAAGGCGACUUAAUAAGAGCAUCUGCCCAGUGUUCCAUAAUUUGUACCAGUGGGAGCAUUGUUGUUGUUAACAGUUUCAAGCUUCUCACAUGUUCAGUAAUAAAACAGCAACUUUAUUUAAGCCUGCAUGUGAUAACAUGUUCAUAUUUAUGACUCGGUCUAGUGAGAAAAAUAUUGGAAAUAAAAACUUGUUUAUAGCUUCUUUUUAA